CGUGUCCCGAUUCCUUUCACGACCAACAUGACAGUUGAUGACAGUAACGCCUUCAUCCCAGCCACUCCUGACGACAGCCGCUCUCCGUGCCCCGCUCUCAAUGCACUCGCUAACCAUGGUUACUUGCCACACGACGGAUGCAAUUUGACAGCGUCGCAGCUUGUCUCAGUCCUCAGAGCGAAGUACAAGAUCAGCUGGAUUCUCGCGGCAUUGCUCUCAUACGGAGGCGUAGCGCUCUGUGGCCACCGCGAUGGCUGGUCGUGGAAGCUCGACCUCCACGAACUGGCCAAGCACGACGUCAUAGAGCACAACGGCUCCCUCGUCCACGAUGACGCCGCUCCGGGACACCCGUUCGCUCCCACGGACGUCGACCGCGUCCUCCUCCGACAGCUUCUCAGUGCCUCCUCCGAGUCCGACGCCCUGACCCUCCACGACCUCUGCAGAACACAAGUGCAGCGGCAGGCCAAUUCGGGGCCCCUGAGCUCUGUGCGGGCGUCCAUCGCGAAGGGCGAGGUGGCCCUCCUCCAUCAGGCGUUCGCUGUCAGACGAGGCACGGGGCAGAGUGCCACAGCCGAAGAAGGGGAGCCUGUGGUGCCGAAGGGACGCCUGGAACAGUGGCUCGGGGACGAGAGGCUUCCGGCCGAUUGGCCUGGUCCGGAGCAAGGGAUCGGGCUGACCUCGAUCUUCGGACUCGUGCGGAAGAUCGGUGGGAUGGAGACAAAGAUCAAGGACAAAGAGAAGGGGUCGAAUGGCGCGUGAACGUGUGACCAUUCGAUACGUGCUCUCUCGUAUUGACUCACGAUCAAGCUACGUUCUCUGCGCUGGCCAAUGGUACUGAUAUGAAUGAUGUCUUCUACUAUACCC